UAAUUAUGACUAUUGGCUUUUGGAGAUCACUUUGCUGUUAAUGUCAAAUACUGUUAUACUUAUAAACCGCUAGGCGCUAAGGAAGUUUCUGGAGCGUACUUUGGGCAAGGAAGUGGCCCUAUACACUAUGACCACAUUGUGUGCUCUGGCAUGGAAUACAACUUGACUGACUGUGAGACAGGGACAGGAACAAGACAGAGCAGCCAUGACGAGGAUGUGGGAGUCAAAUGCAACACAAUUGACAAGAAUUAUCGUAAUGGUAAUAUUCGUCUGGUGGGAGGACCUCACAACUGGGAGGGUAGAGUGGAGAUAUUCUGGAAUGGAACAUGGGGAACCAUCAGUGACACAAACUGGGGUAUGCCAGAAGCUAAAGUUGUGUGUAAACAACUUAAACUGGCAUCAGAAAGUUCAGUGUCAUCCCCUUUUGGUCAAGGCAGUGGUGUCAUUAGGAUAACCUCAGUCACCUGCUCCGGAUCUGAAGAUAAUGUUACACAAUGUUCCCUGUCUAUGGGGUCCUCAUCAAACCAUCAGAAUGACGUGGGAGUCAAAUGUGGAAAAGGUACCGACUACAAGCAUGGAGAUAUUCGUCUGGUGGGAGGAUCCUAUAGCUGGGAGGGGAGAGUGGAGAUAUACCUCGAUGGAGAAUGGGGUACCAUCACAGACGAUGGCGCCGAGGAUGUUGAUGCUCAUGUAGUUUGCAGACAAACUUGAUUAUGAUACACACUAUGGUUUUGACAGAAGCUACUAUCUGGCUUAUUUUGGAGAAGGUGUUGGAACGAUACAUCUUAACUACUUGAGAUGCUCUGGCACUGAAUACCGACUGAUUGAAUGUUACAGUGUCUCUAGUUCAUGGGCUCACAAUGAAGAUUGGAGUGUUUCAUGUCUUAAUGAUGUUCCUGAACAAGGAGAAGUGAAGCUCUUCUACAGCAGUUAUUAUAGUUACUACUACAGGGGUCUGCUUCAGGUAUGGCUUAAUGGGAGAUGGGGAGUAGUGUCUGAUAUGAUGUGGACAAUUGAAGACACAAAUGCUGUGUGCCGCCAGCUUGGAAGGAAUGGUACAAGUCCAACCGAUUCUGAUUACACUACCCACUUACCAGUCGUCAUGAGCAGUGUCGAGUGUGUGGGGACUGAGUCAAGACUGAUAGACUGUCCCUACACCACUGGAGGUAGUGGGUCUCCUGUGAGCCUCAGGUGUACUUAUUCAGCCUCUUGUGCCCAUGGAGAUGUGAGACUCACAGGCCGUCAGUCAGAGAAUGAAGGGAGACUAGAAAUUUGCAACUCGUUCUCUGUUUGGGGCACUGUCUGCAACAAACACUGGACUCAGGCCGUCUCAAAAGUCGUCUGUCACUCCCUUGGAUAUGACUAUGAAGAAGGGUCAUAUCAUACAUACUACACGUUCGAUCGGAUACCAGCCACCCUUCCAAUUUCUGCUGACUAUGUGAGAUGUUCAGGGUCAGAGAACUCACUGGGGGAGUGCACUUACUUCAGCCACAGCUUUUCUGAGUGUAGCCAUGAUGACGAUAUUGGAAUCAUCUGUCCACCAGCAAACUGUGAAGAUGGUGAUGUCAGGUUACUAGGUACAACGGUGUCCGAAGAAGGACUUGUUUUAGUUUGCGUCAACAAAAGGUGGGGUCCUAUUUGCCAGAACAAUAACGAGGCCAAUACAAAGACUAUGUGCCGUCAGCUUGGAUAUACUGAUGGGUACUACGAUAGAAGAGAGAUUACUGCAGCAAUACCAGUUCAAAACCUAACACUGCAUUGCCAUGGCGAUGAGUCUCGUAUAUUUGACUGCACCUAUAGCCGCAGUGGUCCAAGUCGUUGCUCUUAUUAUGACCUCACCUACAUUUCAUGUGAACCAGCAAGCUGUACGGAUGGACAAGUGAGGCUGGUGGAUGGAGCCACGGAUGUUGAGGGGAGGGUUGAGAUUUGCUUCAGUAGGAGAUGGGGGACCAUCAGUGGUGAUGGGUGGACUCAGACAGAGUCCACUGUCAUCUGUAAUGACCUCGGAUAUGAGGCCACUGUAGGAAGGCAAUGACUAUUCAGUGAGGCCAGCCACAAACUCAAUGCCAGUAUUCAUAAAGACUGUCAGAUGUACUGGUAGAGAGAUGAGCCUCUUGGAGUGCAGCUUCAGAAGAAACCUUACACACAGUGUUCACUUGGAAGACGUUGGAGUCAAAUGCAAAAAGUCUGAAUGUGAUGAUGGAGAUCUUAGACUGGUGGGUGGAGACUCGGAGAAUGAUGGAUUAUUGCAGGUGUGCUUCAGUGGGAGAUGGGGAACUGUGAAUAGAGAUGGAUGGACAGAUGUGGACACUCAUGUUGCCUGCAGACAACUUGGAUUUAACAAUGCUGGUAUAUCAGAGAGUGC